AGAGCCAUCUCUAGAUCAGGAAGACAAAAAGACGCUCCUGAGCCUUGGCAUCACUCAACAGGCAGGCAGAUAUGCUUGAGUUGGUGAAGGUUGAAAGAAGGUUUUGCCUCUCUGUCUCUCAACUUUUUCCUGAGGAGAGCAGCAUUGGCGAAGGUCAGGUGUCACUGAUGAAAUGGACUUCUUUUCAGCAUGGAUUGUGUCGUUUUCAGCACUGCACUGCCUCUAUUUCUUCUGGGGCACACAGGCCCAGCAGGCCUUCAGGACUGAGCCCAGGAACCUCACUGUGCGCAUGGGAGCCACAGCUGUAUUGAGGUGUGAGGUGCUGCGGGCCUCGGGGACUGUACAGUGGGUCAAAGAUGGCCUCCUCUUGGGACCUCACAGAAGCCUGCCAGGCUUUCCACGCUACAGCAUGAUUGGAAACCCCAAGAGAGGGCAGCAUCAUCUUCAGAUUGAAAAGGCCCAACUGGACGACGACACCACCUAUGAAUGUCAAGCAGGCCAGUCUGAGAGCAGUCCAGCAAUUGUUUCCAACACAGCCUGGCUCAACGUCUUAAUUCCUCCAUCCACCCCGUACUUUGAAGGAGACGUGGCGACAACACCUUGGAUUGCUGGGAAAAUGUACACUGUUGCCUGUGUUGCUCCUGAAGCAAAGCCCAUGGCUGAAAUCACACUUUAUAAAGAUGGAGUUGAGCUGACAGGUGCGGAGUCUUUCACCAUGUCUGGCUCAAAGGAUAAGCUCCUGAACACGCAUGCUAAAGUAACAGUCGCCGCUCUGAGUUCCGACAAUGGGAGACAGCUGGCGUGUUAUGCCAAAAACCCUGCCCUUUUACGACCUGUUGGGACCAUGUUGACCAUGAGCGUACUCUACCCACCUCACCCUCCAGUUAUUGUGGGCCUGGAGACAGACGAGGUCAAAGCAGGAAGAAUGCUCAUGUUGGAGUGUGUGUCUCAUGGUGGAAACCCCCUAGCCACUCUCCACUGGACCAAGAAUGGAGAAGUUCUUUCCAAGACUUGGGAGGAGGACAUUGUGGCGCAGAAGUCCAGCAGUGUCCUCUACCUGAAGAUCACCCCUGCUGAUAACCAGGCAGAACUGUGCUGUGAGAGUGCCAAUCUGGUGUCUCUGUCACCUCUCUCUGUCCACCGCAGAAUCACCGUGUUUUUUGAACCCGAAAAGGUGAUUCUUUCUGGCUCAGUCACAGCCGUUGAAGGACAAGAGUUGGAUCUGUGCUGCUACGCCUCUUCCAGCAACCCCCCUGUCCAGAUUCGCUGGUGGCUGGGCUACAAGGAGCUCAACAACACUGUUGUCACUAUACAGGAGGGAGUAAAUGGUGGGAUGACGACCACUUCCAACAUGACCCACCGGGUCUCCAGGGAGGAGGAUGGGCUCAUGCUAACCUGUGAGGCCUUCAACAAGGGCACACAUUUCUCUAAGACCCAGACAGCCAAGCUCAGUGUCUGUUAUCCUCCUCAAAAGGUAUGGCUUGAUGCACCUUCUCAAGAUGUCCCACUCCAUGCUGGGACCAAAGUCCGUCUUACCUGCUUCUCCACUGGAGGGAAUCCUACUGGUACACUGACGUGGUUCAAGGAUGGAAACAAAGUGUCUCAUAUGCAGAGGCAAAUGUCCUUUGACCGGGGCGUGGCUCGAGACCUCGUCCUGGUCCUCACGGCAAGUGACAAUAUGGCGGACUACCGCUGUGAUGCCACAAAUGAAGCAGAGAAGACCAUAUCUGCUUACACUAAGCUGAUGGUCUACUUCACAGCAGUGAGUAUGAAGAUCACAACCACACAGGAGGAGCUGCGUCGAGGCGAGAUGCUCACUCUGGAGUGCCAGGCCGGAAGCAGUAACCCCAAGGCCAACAUCCUCUGGAGCCUGGGCACUCAAAGGUUCCCAGGAGUGGAACAGCCACCCGUGAAGGCUCAGUAUGGUGGUGUUUCAGUGCGCAGUUCUUUAUCCCUGAAUCUGACAUCAGAGCAUCACAACCAGAGGGUCAUUUGCCAGGCCAACAGCCCUGUGCUCACUGAGGGGGCCAACACAUUUCUCAAACUUAAUGUUCUAUACCCUCCAGAGUUCAGCCCUCACCAGCCAACACAGGUUCAGGUGCUGGAGGACGACACCAUAACCAUCCCAUUGCUGGUCUCGGCUAACCCAGAGGAGGUCUCCUGCAUUUGGCUGCACCGCAAACAGAAGCUGGUCAAAGAGGGGAAUCUGCGCUACCACUGGUCAGAUGAGCACUCACUGAUGAUCAACAACGUAACGAGAAAAGACGCUGGCGUUUACACCGUUGAGUGUGCAAAUCUUGAGGGUGUCAACCAAAUCCCCAUCAUGCUGGAUGUUCAGUAUGCUCCUGGUGUCAAGGCGGUGAAAAGCCCUGUGUUUGUGAAUAUGGGGGGAACAGCAGACCUGAUGUGUAAGGCUGAUGCCAACCCCAUUAUAUCUGACAUGUUCUCCUGGAAGUGGCUGGGAGAAGAGGAGGAGGUGGAGAUGGGAGAAGAGACUCAGGAAGAUAAAACAGGCCUUCUGACCAUCUAUGAUGUGACUCGGGCUCACGCUGGUUUUUACCAGUGCACAGCCAACAAUGGCAUAGCACCCCCUGCCAGUGUAGAUGUGCAUCUGGUAGUGCAAUUCAAACCAGAGCUUCAGAAAGGACCUCAGUGGAGGAAGGUAGCAAGUCGAGGGAAUGGCACCACUACGGCUGCCGUGGUGUGUCAGGCAGAGGGUAUUCCUCGAGUCGACUUCUCUUGGGAAAAAAAUGGCGUUCCCAUGGACUUUGCAAACCCAAGGUAUGAGGAACGGACUGUGAGGGAGGGCUCCUUCCACACCAGCAUGGUUCGAGUCGUAAAUGUGAGCGCAGCUCAUGACUAUGCUGUCUUCAGCUGCACUGCUCGCAACUCUCUUGGGGAAGAUAAACUAAACAUCCAGCUCGUCAGCACAAGUCACCCAGAUCCUCCCUUCUCCUUUCGCCAAGUCGGUGUUACCCAUGACUCGGUCACUCUGGAGUGGAUCCCUGGCUUCAAUGGAGGUUUGCAGCAAAGAUUUCGUACACGAUACCGGUGGGAUCAGUCUUUCAGUUACCUGUACGUGGACGUCUUUCCUCCCACAGCAACAAGCUUCUCUGUCACUGGGCUGCAGCCUGUUACCACCUACUAUUUUUCUGUCAAUGCCCUCAAUGCAAUGGGAGAGAGUGACUAUGCCGACAACAAUGCAGUACUGACCAUCACCACCAAGGAGAGGCCAGAACUAGAGGAAACCUCAGCAGGUGAUGACUCAGUCCCACACGGUACCAGAGGACUUCCAGCUCAUUUAACUGUAGUGUUCACAGUGGUGUUUGGAGUCCUGCUGGUGUUGAAUUCACUUGGUUGUUUCUUUGGACAGAGGUGGAAAAAGAGGAGACUCCAGAAAGGGGGUGGAGGAGGCAGUGUAUUGGAUGGGAAGGAGAAUGAAGAAGGGUCCAGUCAGUCAACUGUAAACACGUCCAAUAAGUAUGAGAGCAGAGAAAAGAUCAACGCUGCAACCCAGCGCACCCUCCUUGUCGAGUCUGGAUCCGAAGCAGACAGCAAUGUCUACGAGAGCUACGCAGCGGAAGGGUCCCAUUAUUAUUUCCCCACCACUGACUAUGUGCCAGCUCUCAGCCCACACCCUGAGGAAAUGCGCAGACACGAUGCUAGCCACCUCCCAGUGGACUCUUACAGCCAUUUGUAUGAAGACGUAAGACUCGGGGGUCUGUACCAGGACAUCCUGGCUUCGUCUCCGUCCCCUGUGCCCUUGGUUGACCGCACAGUGCCUUAUCAAUGGAAUAAUUGGAGAUCACCAACCAACCUUCAGCAGGGUGCUUGGAGAGUCAGGGAGUUUGGAGAUGUUCAACAACCACGGAGAGAUUCCGAUCUUCCCUUUGAACUACGAGGCGAGUUAGUCUAGAAUCUAGAAUGAUUGGGAAGGAAAUGCUAGGUACGAGUCGUUGAUUAUUAAGUUGUAGUCCACGUAUUCACUACUGAUCUUGAAUUAUCAUGUGCAAAGACUAGAACAGGAACUGUGUUAUAUAAAACGGCCUAGGCAAUCGAGGGGGAUUGUUUCAUCACCUUAACAACGUCAUGAAAUCAAGCUCAUUUCCCUCUCAUGCCAUCUCUCUGGACCGUGUUUUGUUGUUUCACCUUUGCCCUCUUUCUUGGAGCCAAGUCUUAAUCAUUACCCCCCACCCUGCUUUGUCUUAUAGUUAGACAUGAACCACUUAAGAGUGAGAAAAUGCACCGACAACAAAUGUUUUCCCAGAUGAGAGCAUGAAUACAGUGGCCUGUCCUUUCUCCUCAUACCUCACAAGUGAGUCCAUGGAAAUCCCUACAACAGGAUUGCACUGAGUAGUGUUUAGCAUAAUAAUGUCUUCGGGAGGUAAAGCUGUAACUGCAGUAGGAGCUAACUCUAAUCCUGUUUUCUCUCAAAUUGAACUUCAGCUCAGUCAGUCUGUGUGAGAGAGGAAAGCCAUGUUAGUUUUGACUGUCUCUGUUGUUCAAGUAAAGGAGUUCAGCUUUGACUCCACAUCUGUGGAAUGACAAUAGUGAUCAUGUUAGUUUGUUUUUGUUAAAACCAAAGUUGUUUAAUUGAAAGUGCUAUGGGUAAGAAAUAUAUUACAAUGAUCAUAAUAUGUCAUCAGAGAUUGUAACCCUGUACUCUUGCAAUAUUUUCUAGUGGGAUUCCGAUGGUUGGACAUAUUUUAAGACGGCAUUUAUAGUAAUAUAUGAAAGAAAUGUAAGCUAAAAUGCAACACAAGUAAAAAAAAAACAAAAAACAGCUUAAGUAGUAAGAAGCUGAAUCCUUUCAAUCGAAGUAGAGCCAAUUCGAAGAACUCCACUACAAAUGUGGCUGAAAGUAAACUGAAACUCAAAUAAAUGUUUUUUAUUAAUAAUAUAUAUAUGUUAUACAGUAUCUAUUUUGACCAUUAUGUCAGCGGUAACACUCACUCUAUUGUUUAUCUAAAAACGGAACCACAGAAAAGUGACUGUGAAAUCCACUUCAUGGGAAGUGAAACACAUUUACUUCUACGUGAAAAGAUAAAAACAACAAUUUGGUUAAAUAACCGAUCUCACAGUGUUACUACAACACACAACAUCUUUUAUAUUUAAUAUUAAUUGACAGCAAAGCUCAGAGGCCUGCAUUUAUCUCUCCACGGGCUAUGUCAGCAUCAUUAGUCUCUAUUUGAUUAUCUCUUUUCAAAACUGAUUUUGGCUGCAGACGUUGCUUCCUUCAAUCCUUCAAUUUCCUUCAAUUUUUGUGGGCACAAAUAACAAAAACCCUCGCAAAAAAUGGCAUAGUUUGGACAGAUAAUAAAGUAACAUGAGAAGAAGGAAGAAUUCUGUUACGAUUAGGGGACAUUUUCAGAAUUAAAACAAAUCAGUGUUUGUAAUGUUGUGGCUGAUUGCUGCAUGUGUAUUGAUGAAGUGCAGAGAGUUGCUUCCAUUGACAUUACAUCUUGAUAACACAGAGUGCUAUUUUCCCACACUGUAAGUAAAGCGUUUUCUGUGUAUUUGCAUGGACUCCUCACAUCUCGUCCAAAGGAACAAUGCUUUAUGAGCUGCUGUUUCCCUGCUGUUGUGUUAUCACUGAUUUGAAAACAUUUAAUUGCAGUGUUUGAGAGGUGAUGUAUGCUGAUUGAGUUGUUAUUGUACACACAUUUGUCUAAGGUACAACAUUCUGUUUUCUCAAUGGGGCCUGACUGCCAGCAGAUAAAUCUAAAUGUUUCACCAGACUGCGUUCUCUCAAUUAGGUUUACUAUUCUCCAUCAUGAGCUGUCAAGGUAUGUUUGUCUCAUUACUGAGCAAUUGUUUAAGUUCCUGUCAAGUUGACUGCUGUGUUCAUACCAAAGACUGCUCACGAUGCAUUGCCUCAGCUCAGGCAGGAGCAGUAAUCUGCUAAACUGAAGGCUCGACAACUCAGUGCUGGUAGACGACGUCUAUUUUUCCUCAUUUGCCUUGUGAACCUUUUGAUAUCUUGUGUUCAUAAUAAGCUCAAACAUAACAGGCUGUAUGAGUGCGCUAUUAUGCCAACUGGAAACAAAUAAGAUCAUUUGAUUCCUUAUUUUACUCUACUCUUGAUUUGUAUUAUUUUGUUUAAUACAGGAUUGAAUACAAACCUUUUAUCACUUUA